AUGUUUCCAUUUACAACAAAUGAUAUAAACACUCUUAAACAUUCAACAACAACAAUUUUAAAUUCAAAUAUCCAAACACAACAUCAGCAACAACAACAAACAAUAGACCAUUUAGUUUUUUAUAUUUACCCAUUUGAGAGAGGAUUAAGAAGAAUACAAAUUGCUGGUAUUUGGACUAAACAAGGACGUCCUGGACCUUUACAUAAUGGAACUGUUGUAUCUACUAGAUCUUUACCUUUAUUAUUAAAACAAACAAUAUGUAAUGUAGCAAGAAGAAAAGCUGCUGAAAUUGACAAUUAUCAAAUGACUCAUCUAAAAAGAAAACAAGCUAUUGCUGAAUUUGGUCGUCGUUUUGCAACUCGUCAAGAUUAUACUGAAUUUGUUGAACAUUUACUUGAAGAUAAUUCUGCUUCGUUUAGUGGGACUGUGUUUCCUCCAUGA